GUGAGUAGUGAAUAUUGAGUAGGGGAUUCCAGACAGAGGUUUCUUUCACGCGUGGCGAGUCUCGCGAAUUGUGUGACCUCUAACCCCGCCAUUAAAAAGUAAAACGAAUACAGUCUGAGUUGAGCAUAGUAGGAGUACAGUAAACGGAAUCAAAAUGGGGAAGGAAGAAGAGAACGUUAACGGAAACGGGACGGAACAAGAGAACAUUGGCGCCCUGCUUGAGGCGGCUAGAUAUAACGACCUUGAAGAUGUCAAAAUAUUAGCAUCUUCUGGUGUUUCUCUUAAUUCUAUGGAUUCUGAAGGCCGCACAGCACUUCAUAUGGCUGCCGCUAAUGGUCAUCUUGGCAUUGUGGAGUAUCUUAUCAAAAGUGGGGUGGAUCUGAAUGUCUGUAAUGCAGAGAAAAAUACUCCUCUUCACUGGGCUUGCCUUAACGGGCAUAUUGAGGUUGUUAAGAAUUUGAUCUUGGCUGGAGCGAAGUUAUCCUCUCUGAACAGCCAUGAUCGGACUCCAAUGGAUGAGGCUGUGACCCUGGCAAAGCUGGAUGUGAUAGAUGCAAUUAAUGCUACAGUUGCACAACUUGAACUUAGCGGUGUUGCUGUUUCCUAAUACAUGUGCAAGGGGUUAGCUGUGCUUUGUACUCAUAUAUCUUCACCUUUUUCUUAUACUUGGAUUUUAGUCAGUAGUGCCUGGGAGUAUUUGGUGCCAGAUCCUGUUAUUUAUAGAGUUCAGUGUAAACUUCUGCGUAGCUCCUUUCCAUAUAUCAACAUCAACUAAAUGAGUUCAUCUACUUCUACUUGUUAAACACUUAAAACAAGAAAACCUUAUUAUUCGGUUGACAGUUUAUAUUUUGUUCUGCUUUGCGGUUGAGUGUCCACUAUUAUACAGAAUUGAGAUGCUUGAUAUUAUUGUGAAUUCAUCAGUGUAUCAAGUGUUAAAAGUUUAACUCA